AUGUCGACUCGAUGCUUCUUGGCCCUUUGCUGCAUUGCCGUGGCGGCAAUGUCGCUCGCCGUGGCGCCGGCGGACGGCGCGAUCCUCCCAUGGUUCGGGAGCGGCGGCGGCAGUCGCGGCGCGCGCGAUGACGCGGUGGCAUCGCCGAUCCAGGACGUGGCCCUGCUCGCCGACCCGUUCCGGAUCCUGGAGCACGUCCCCUUCGGCUUCGACCGCGACGACGUGGCCAUGGUGUCCAUGGCCCGCGUGGACUGGCGCGAGACCUCCGACUCCCACGAGAUCGUCGUCGACGUGCCAGGGAUGAGGAAGGAGGACCUGAAGGUGGAGAUCGAGGAGAACCGGGUGCUGCGGAUCAGCGGCGAGCGGCGGCGGGAGGUGGAAGAACGGAAGGGGACCACUGGCACCGCGAGGAGCGCUCCUACGGCAGGUUCUGGCGCCAGAUGCGCCUCCCCGACAACGCGGACCUCGAUUCCAUCGCGGCGAGCCUUGACGCCGGUGUCCUCACCGUGCGCUUCCGGAAGCUGGCGCCCGAACAGAUCAAGGGCCCGCGCGUGGUUGGCAUCGCCGGGGGCGACGACGGCGCCGCUGCCAAGAAGACCAUCGGCGACGCCGGUGCCGGUGGAGGUGAAGAGCGCCAGGCCAAGAAAGUUGAGCUCUGAAAUUCUGAACUUUGCACUCAGUACGCUUGUCAGUUCCUCUUCUCAGUACAGUGUGUAG